AUGAAGCGCCAAUUUUCCAUUAUUCAGUGGGAGACUCUUGCUCUUUUCGUUAUAUUUUGUGUUGUAAUUUUAUAUCCUAUUGUUCGAUUAAAAAAUUUGUUUUUGUAUGGAUAUGCUGCUAUAUUCAGUUUUCUUGGGAUAUUUGGAACAGUUGUUAUCAAAGGCCCUGAAAGCUUUGAUAUUUUGCGUGGACGUUCAAAAGCUACUAUGCUUUUGAUUAUAAACAAUGCAGGGCAAGUAAUUUUAUCCUCAUUUUUCUUCAAAUAUGCAGAUACAAUUUUAAAAAAGUAUUCAUCGACUGUUGCAACAAUUUUCACAGGCGUUGAAUCUGCUACUUUGUUUGGUCAUACUUUGACUAUAAAUUUCUUGCUAGGAAUUUCUACUGUUUUUAUUUCAAUGCACCAGGUAUGUGAUUCCGAUAGAAUUGGAAUUCAAGAUGCAGGUGUGAAUAUGUUUGUUUUUUUUCAUUUUUCUUUAAUAAAUAUUUUGAGUACUUAUAUAUAAAAUCUAUAAUACUUGCUUUUUUUUCAGGCUAUUCAUCGUUUAGAUUUUGAUGCAACACAGCCACUUCUUCCUACUUAAGUCAACAGUUGACUUUUGAAAUGAAAGAAGAUAAAUAAAAAUAUGAGUUACUUGUCACGUAUACGGUUUAUGAGGUUUAAUGUAUUUUGGUUAGUAGAUUAUUGUUGAUAUAACUUAUAAGUUGUGUUUUUGAAGGUGAAAAAGAGAUGUUUUUAGUUUUUACAUAUGCUAUACUAUGCUCUAUGGCUCUAACUUUGUCAUUUUUUAAAUUUGUCUUAUUUUAGUCAUUUGAACCUUCUGUGGGUGAACUUCAACACCCAAACUCGUGGCUCUGGCUGCUGGUUUCCAUUAGCUCUAACAUAAGGUUUGGGUGUUGCAUUUACCUUGAGGCGUUUUAUUAUUUUCCAUUCAAACUACAUAGUUUUCAAGAUUUUGUUUCGAAAUAAGAAGGUUGGAAUGACAAACCCAAAAAAUGAAGGUCGACUUUGUUCUAGAUUCGCGUUGUAAUAAUGGAUGCCAAGUUUUAUCUAUGAAGCUUUCAUAACUAAAGUAUCUUUUUUAUAGGUUAAUAAGGAUCUUCAGUUGGCUAAACCUUAGACUCAAGGAAGGGGAAGGUUCUUAUCAUAUAGGGCAAAAUUUCAUGUGGUUUUAUGUUGAUUUUUUUCGCCUUACAGCAUUUGCUCCAUUGGACUGAAUUUUUUCUCAGAUAGAUAUGUUACUGGAUGUUAGCUAUUUUUCCUCAAUAGGAAAUGUAAAAUUAGAGGUAUAGUGUGUUGAUCUUUAUGAUCAUAUCCCGGUUGCAUAUUGAAAUUAUGGUUAUUCUUUUUUGUGUCUUUUCUUUAAUAAUCCUCAAA